AUGGAAGCAGCAAACCAGACAAAAGCAUCACAGUUCCUCCUCUUGGGACUCUCCAAGGAUCCGAACCUGCAGCCUGUCCUCUUCGGCAUCUUCCUGUCCAUGUACCUGGUCACAGUGCUGGGGAACCUGCUCAUCAUCCUGGCCAGCAUCUCCGAUCCCCGCCUGCACACGCCCAUGUACUUCUUCCUCUCCAACCUGUCCCUGGUGGACAUCUGCUUCACCACCACCACCAUCCCCAGGAUGCUGGUGAGCAUCCAGAUGCAGAGCCAAGCCAUCUCCUAUGUGGGCUGCCUCACGCAGGUCUACUUCUUCAUGGUAUUCGUUAGCUUGGACGAUAUCCUCCUGACCAUCAUGGCCUAUGACCGCUAUGUGGCCAUCUGCCACCCCCUGCACUACACGGUCAUCAUGAACCCCCGCGUCUGUGUCUGUCUCGUGCUUGUGUGCUGGCAGGUCCUCAUCUGCAUGGCCCUGUGGCACAUCCUCCUGGUGGCACGGCUGACCUUCUGCAUGGACACCGAGAUCCCUCAUUUCUUCUGCGAACUGGCACAGUUGCUCAAAGUCGCCUGCUCGGACAUCCUGAUUAAUAACAUUUGCUUGUAUCUGUCUACGGUCUUGCUGAUUAUAGUUCCCCUGGGGGGCAUCCUCUACUCGUACUCGAAGAUCGUCUCAUCCCUGGUGCGCAUGUCCUCUGGGAAGGGCAAGUCCAAGGCCUUCUCCACCUGCGGCUCACACCUCUCUGUGGUCUCCUUGUUCUACGGCACUGGUCUGGGAGUCUACCUGAGUUCUGCAAACACUCACGUGUCUGAGAAAAGCUCCGUGGCCUCGGUGAUGUACACGGUGGUCACCCCCAUGCUGAACCCCUUCAUCUACAGCCUGAGGAACAAGGACGUCAAAGGUGCGCUGGGCAGGCUCCUCAGCCGAGCCAUCUCUUGUCAAUGA